AUGCAAGCAGGGACACGACUGACUCCAGUGGUGGUAACAGGGACCCUUAGAGAGAAGUGCCACCCAGUGAGAUUCCAGUCGUCCACCGGUGGUAGCAGUAGCCUUCAGCCAGAUGAGGCAGCGGGAGCAGCAGCAUCUGGUGCAGCAGCAGCAGCUACUGCCAUCUUCGCCGCUGCUACACAGAGAAGCGCUGCAACAGCUGUACAGAUGCUAGAGCCUGUGACCCCUCUACCGGCUGAGGGGGCUCAUCUCAUGUUGGCGAUCCAUCAUAAGGACAGCAGCACUGUGUCUCGACUGCUGCGCAACGUGGGCGUUGUCCCGACCUUUUACAUCGCGACAGAAGACCCUGAUUUCAGAACAACGUUAAGGCAAGGUGCUCGUUUCCAAUGGAACUGCCGCUGUAAAUCCACAAGGUUUGGGCAGAAUGCAGGAGCGUCAGCUUGCUAG